AUGUCAUCGGAUGCUCAACACCACCCAACGGGGGACGAGGAAGCCAGCUGGGGAGGUGAUUUUGAUCCAUUCUCUGAUCCCGAAGAGCGCAGAGUUCUGUUUGCUGCCUUUGAUUCCUUCAGACAAUAUCGGCGAAAUGCCCAUAAGAACACCACACAUCGGAGACGGCAGGCUUUCUAUGCCUUGCCAUCCGAACACUGGCAAAUGCUAUCUGAGCCGCCAUUCUCAAUCCUUGACAAUUUCAACAAGGUAGAUGACGCUAUCGAUGUCAAUGCUGAAAUUGCAGAUGCGAUUCUUGCCAUCGGAUUACAGUCUUUUAAUCUUCCUGCGAAUCCCGACAAAAAUAAUUCUACAGAGUAUUGGUUCGACACAGCCACUUCGUCAGAUCUCAACAAGGCGCAUUCGACGAUCCGGCAGUUUUAUCGUGACUGGAGCCUGGAGGGGCGAGCCGAACGUGAGGUGUGCUAUGACCCCGUCCUCCAAGACCUUCACCAUGAGUUCCGAGCAAGGCGCGACCAGGGAGAGGAAAUCCGAGUGUUGGUCCCCGGUGCUGGCCUCGGGCGGUUGGUCUUUGAAGUCUGCAUGGCGGGCUAUGAUGCUGAAGGGAAUGAGAUCUCCUAUCAUCAAUUGUUGGCCAGCAACUGGGUGCUCAAUCAUACCGACGGCCCGGCACAACACGCACUUCAUCCAUUCGCAUUGCAUUUCUCCAAUCUCGAAUCUCGAGCGCAGCAGCUUCGGCAGAUCAUGAUACCUGACGUGCAUCCCGGCUUGGCUAUGCAGGAGAUGGCCAACUCAGACCGUCGCUUCGGAUCCAUGUCCAUGUCUGCCGCGGAUUUCACCGUCUUAUAUACCCAGCCCAACAACCAGGAAGCCUUUGAUGCUGUCACCACCGUGUUCUUCAUUGACACCGCACCAAACCUAAUUCGGUACAUUGAGACGAUUCGACACUGCCUCAAGCCUAACGGGCUGUGGAUCAACGUUGGCCCGUUAUUGUGGCACUUUGAGAAUGGUCACUCCCGUGGCGAGAGCGAUCCCGGGCAUGAAGGAGCUGGGAUUGGAGAGCCUGGCAAUGUCGAAUUGUCCGAGGACGAAGUGUUGAGCCUCGUGGAGCGUCUGGGCUUCCGCCUCGAGAAGCGACCUGGAGAUCGGCAGACUUGCGGCUAUAUCCAGGACCCGGCGAGUAUGCUCCAGAAUCUGUAUCGACCAUCUCACUGGGUCGCCCGCAAAACCCCUGCCUAG